AGUGCAGAGAAGGAAAUGAGGCAAGUCUCGCGAGCUUGCUCCCAAUACCUUCCCCGGGGUUGUGUGGCAGUAAGCUCACACAUCCGUCCGCUCAACCAUUGCUGGCGACACCUUCAACGGUGAAGAUAGCAGGCAUCCCUGAAACGGAGGGCCUGCUCACUGGAACAAUGCUCUCCCCAUGUGGAGAUGGUGGUGCCAUGGAUCGAAGAUAAGAAUGGAAAGUUCUCAGCUCGUGUAAAAUGGGAAAGUCAAGACUCUUUCGCAUUUUUUUAAUCCUCGGGUCCCUGUUUAUGAUCCUGCUGAUUAUAAUAUAUUGGGAUGACGUUGGAGCCACACAUUUUUACCUGCACACCACUGUGUCCGGACCUCACCUCUCCCACCUUCCUGCUCAAAGUCACUCUGCCUCUAAGCAUAAAGCAUACGAUGACAAGGGUAACUCCUUCCUCUCAGACAUCGAUGCGUUUAUCAACCAGUUCCUGGAGGGCACCGUUGAGCCCAGUCAGCAAGCGAAGGAGGACGGUGCCCCGGAAGCCUUGCACAACCAGUCUGGGGAGGCAGGGAAGCCGGAGGAGAAAUUUGUUCCGAGGCGGGAGUGGAAGAUUCACCUGACUCCCAUCUCUGCGGAACUGAGGCAGAGGCAGGAAGACAGGAAGCAGCUGAUCCACGACCUCUGCACAAACAGCACCCUCGACUUCCUGGGAAAGAACAGGACGUUCGAUGACAUCCCCAACAAGGACCUGGACCACCUGAUCGUGGACGACCGGCACGGGAUCAUUUACUGCUACGUGCCAAAGGUAGCCUGCACAAACUGGAAGCGCAUCAUGAUCAUGCUGAGCGAGAGCCUCUUGGUCGAUGGCGCUCCCUACCAGGACCCGCUGGACAUUCCGCAAGAGCACAUCCACAACAGCAGCCUCCAUUUUACCUUCAACAAGUUCUGGAAGCGAUACGGAAAGUUCUCUCGACACCUCAUGAAGAUCAAGCUGAAAAAAUACACCAAAUUUCUGUUUGUCAGGGACCCCUUUGUCCGGCUGAUUUCUGCGUACCGGAACAAGUUUGAGCAGGAGAACGAAGAGUUCUACAAGAGGUUUGCCGUCAUCAUGCUGAAAAGGUACGGCAAUUACUCCGACCCCCCUGCCUCGGUGGUCGAUGCUUUUGCGGCCGGGAUUCGCCCUUCUUUCUCACACUUUGUCCAGUAUUUAUUAGAUUCCCAGACUGAAAAAGAGAUGCCCUUCAAUGAACACUGGCGCCAGGUGUAUCGCCUGUGUCAUCCCUGCCAAGUCAAUUAUGACUUUGUGGGGAAGUUGGAGACCUUGGACGAGGACGCAGAACACUUGCUCCGUAUUCUUCGGGUGGAUAAUAUUGUCCAGUUCCCUGCCAGCAGCCGCAAUAGAACAGUUAGCAGCUGGGAGCAGGAUUGGUUUGCCAAAAUCCCCUAUGAAUUGAGAAGAAAGCUGUACAAGCUUUAUGAGGCUGACUUCAAACUUUUUGGAUAUUCUAAGCCUGAAAAGCUGUUACAUGAGUGAACGUGCGUCUAAAUACGUUUUCUUCUCGUGUGAUUUUUUAAAGAAAUUAAUUUAGUUUAAAUGAAAACCAUUAAUUGUCUUUUCUUUAAAAUAUGCAUUCGGUGCACACUAACCACCUUGAGGUAAGUGAGCCUUAAUGCACAUGAUUACAGUCCAAUACUCAUCCAGUGAUUUGUACCAGGGCAUUUAAAAUUGUUGUCGUGUGAAUUUGGUGGAGAUUGGUUUUUUAACAUCCUCAGCAUGUACUUUGCCUAUUAGCAGCAGGCAAAUUUGGACUGUUGUGAAAACUUGCAUAAAACUAAUAUAACCUCAUAAAUGAGGUAUAAGCCAGUAUUCAGUGAUGAACAUGAUCUGUAGUGUGACCAUGACAUUCACGCCGGGGAAAGAAUUUCAGUCAGUGUAAUGUUACGUGGCCUACAGAACAUGGAGACAUUUUUAAUAUGAUUGCUGUACGUUUUGAUUAAAAACGCAGUAAUUGGGCAUUUCAUAUGAAGAAUUACAAGUUUUGUUGCACUUUUCAUUUCAUCAAGAAUAAUGUUUAAAAUGUGUUAAUGUUACAAUUGUGUAUUAUGAUUACGUGAACUAUCUGUACCAUUGUCACAGAAAUAGCUAGUUAUCAGCUCUAAAAUAUGACCGUCUGUAUUGAAAAUGUUCAUUAUACCGAGCAAGGGUUGUCCUUAUUGUGGUUGUUUGGUGUCCCGCGUCAUGUAUAUUAGGUUUGGGGCCAAAUGCACACAGUACCAGGAAUUGUAAUGCUGUAUCUGGGGGGGAAACGUCUCGUUUCAUUAGGCUAUAUUGCUAAGACAGUAUUUACUGUACCUUUAUUUAUGGAAUAAAAUUGGUAUAUUCCUGGUUGUUAGGCAACCGUGAUUUGGCAGGCUGCUUAGUGGUCGGUGUAAAGAAAGAGUAAAGAAAAUAGUAACAUACUGAUAAUCUUCAUGAUUUUCUGCAGUCCUGUAAUUGAUGUCACACAUUUGACCAUUUUUAAUUGUCUGUAUUCUCACGGAACUGUCAGGCAGCAGAUAUCUCUACCUUAAAUGCAGAUGUAUUUUGCUUGUGAUGGAUUAAUAAUAGGGUCAUAUUUGGGUAAACAAUUGCAUAAUUUGGCUUGUUAGCUUUUACAUCAUGGUUAAUGGAACUCUUCAUUUGGAGUUUUAACCUGAUAUGUGCCUUAAAAAUGUAUAUUAUGACAAUUUGUUCUGAACCAGCCAAUUAGUCUAGUCUUUGGAAAUUUUAACUAUGAAGUAUUCAGGAAAGGGUCAUGUUGCAAAGUAUAAACUUGAAGUGUCUUAAAUGUCUAGAUAUGACACGUACAGUAAACCUUGAUAUGUCCAUAUAUGGUCUCUUUCCGACUUCUAAUUGAAAUAUUCGAUGUCUUUGAUCUGUAUAUACUGCAGUCCAGUAUAUAGCCUAUGUGUGAUGGACCCCAUUUUGCACUGCGACUGUAAGGAAGACAUUCACCAGUGUUGAAAAGAUUACUAAUUAACUCAUUUGAGAAACACAAAACGUGUUUUCCCAUUACAUUCAAAUUCCUUUUUAUCAUUAGUGCAAUUGUAUUACUGAAGCCAUUGCUGUGCUGAAACAUAGACAAUAUUUAAUGGGAGUGUAAGAGUUUUUCAUCAUUUGCUUGCUUUUAUUUGACCAGUGAAGCAGAAGCAAAAAUGGAGAAGUGUCUACAUUAGGCUGUGCAGUGAAAUACCUGGUAUUUGGCUAACGGUGUUCAGUGGUUUGAGAAAAGAUGACUGUUUUCAUUUUUUAAUUCAGUUCUUCAGAUGUUUUGGCUUUGAAGAUCAAAGAAAUGAUUGGUGCCAACCAAACAGGGAAUUAAUUUCAGCACAGUAUCCCCCUGGAGUGCUCUGUGGUGGUGCCCCUGAGUCUGGGUCAUAUUGCCCAUCUUUUAUCUUCAAAGAUGGAGCCGGUCAGCUUGGUCACUGACUCAUUUGCCUGCGCUUUUAUGUAUGGACUGGAACUGCCAUUCAGAAAAAUCAAAUGUACUGAAAUGAGCGUUUUCCUUACAGAAGACAUUUCCUCCCACAGUCAGGUCUGAGUCAUAUGUAAUGGUGGCAUUUCAUUUACUUCACAUUUCAGUGUUUUAUUUCCUAUAGGGUGUAGGAUGACAGGUCUUGUCACAUGACACAUUUCAAUAAGACAUUGUCUGCAGUGGCAUUAGAUUGACUGAUACAAAGGAAAAUAAAAUCUCAUCCUUAUAUAACUGAAGACUACAAUAGACUUUUGUGGGCCUUCCUCAGGUGUGUAAUUCUAACUGAAUGAUGUGCGUUUGCAGUCCAUUUAUUCAUCCAUCAGAAAUUGUUGAAGGAAACUUUUGGGACAUGAAUUUUGGUAGUUUUAUCAGAUUUCUUUCCAUUUUUGGCUGGACCGCAACAGCGGGGCCAACCCUACAAACACAAAUGUCUGUGACUGAGUGACUGAGUGAGUGAAGUUACACCAUUGGUCGGCUGGAGAGGUCCAGCCAUAUACUAGGUUUUGACCUGGUCUUGUUAAACUUGUGUUCCAAAAAAAAAAGCCAGAGAAAAACAAUGACUCCUCCCCUUAAAUGGCGGUUAUAUUUUUUGGGAAAUUGAUUAUUUUUGGACUUCGUGGUUGAAUUUGUGAUUUAAAAAGUGCUGAAUUUGUAGUGUUUUUGAGACAAUAGGGUCAUAGCAUUCAUAGCUCUCAGCUGGCUUUGAAGGACAUGCAAUGGAUUGUCAAUGGUGACAUCCAGUUUUUAGAGUAGAUGUGAAGAGAAAAUAAGAUGUCACUACUACCAGGCAAUUAAAUUGUUCACUGCAAAUUAUAGGCUAACAGUUGCAGAAAUUUUUUUAAUUUUAUUUGGUGAUUAGAUAAGUGAUUCAUAUUUCAUAUUCGGUGAAUCAAAAUGCAAAUGUUUCUUGGAAGCAUAAAAUCGCCAUUGUUGUAGAACAGCCAUAGCAUUAGCUUGUUCUAAAAUCCAUUACACCUCUGAUUUUUGCACAGAAACCCUUAAUGUUCAAGUGAAAACUCAUAGAAAUUGUUUAAGAAGUAUAACCGAAGAAGCUAAUGAGCUGUUGUCGCAAUGUGUCAGUAUUCUGUUGAGCUCAGGAAGAGAGGGAGGGUGAGAAGGGAAGUGAGGAGACGACUAGCUGACUGGUGCGGGUCUAUUUUCGUCAGCACUGUGCCGUGCUGUGGUGGGGGGAGGGAGACGGGGGGCGCAGUGUGAUGUGAAAAUUGAGGCCAGGUCUUGUGGGUGUACAUGGUGUGAAAGAAAUGAAUGAUAGUGUCUUCAGCCCAACACACCCUCAAGGCUAGAUGCACACUGCACAGACAACAGCAAGGAGUCGUAGCACUGUCGUACCCACUAGGUAGUAACAGUGCCUUUUCUAGAGGGGAAAAUAUGUUUACAUGCCAAUUAUUUUACUUUACUUUAAAAAAAAAAAAAAAAAAAAAAAAUGUUAUUUUUUUGUACAAAUUUCAUUUCUUUAACAAUUUAAAUGUAGCUCUUUCUUAAGCAAGGGAAAUAUUUUCAUAGCUGGAGUGUGAGACGUAAGAAUAUUUAUGGAUCAUGUAUGUUUUGUUACAUUACAGUAUUGGCUUCAUUAAUAAGGUAUUUGACACCUUGUGGGACCCACUAAUCCCAUAUGUUCUUUAGAGAAAGGAAACUGUAUUUUUUCUUCUAAAUAACUGAAGAUGCUUCAUGAAAAAGCACCACGGUUCUUGCUGUACUAUAGUGGUGACAUCAAAGAAUGACCUGAAUUAACUGAUCGCAAAUGCUUUUUAUAAGAUGUUACAGUAUUCAUCCUUGACGAGAGGACGUGAUGCCAGUUGGACAUUGAGAAAAUGCAGGAGAUUCUUCUUUGCAUGGACUGGAAUUGGGAAUGUUUACUGGUCAUGGGUGUGUAUUUCUUACAUUUUUUUCAGACUGAAAAUGGAUAGAUCCGUCUCUUGCAUUAUCAUUUGAACUUGUGACAGUGUAAAUUUUGCAACUAUUUAUUUCAGUAUUAUUUAAUGCUUAACAUGUGCGUUAUGUUCACUCCAAGAAAACCGAAUAGAAGCAAAAAAAAAAAAAAAAAAAAAAGACUACAGCUUGCUGCAUGGUGUAUGGCUUGGCAUUUCUAUUUGUCAGUUUAUUAAAGUUUUUAAACAAUG